CGGAAGUGAGGUAGCGGAAGUGACAUAACGGAAGUGACGCGCAGUGUGCCGGAAGCAAAGCCUCCUGGUGGAAAAUGGCCGAAUACUUAGCUUCGAUUUUCGGGACCGAGAAGGAUAAGUAAGUAUCGGGGUUAUUACUCGGUAUUGGGGCUGGGGGACCCCGGGGGGCCGGUCUGCAGCUCCUACUGGCAAUAUCGGCCAAAACGGCCGGAAACUCCCCCAACUGCCGGCUCUGAACCCGGACACAUGGCGCUGGGACCCGGCCUGAGAGCGGGGAGCAACCGGGAGCCGGGUAACCAUGGAAACGGCCCCCCCAGAGUAACCAUGGAAACGCCCCCCCAAAGUAACCAUGGAAACGCCCCCCCAACCAUGGAACCCCCCAGAGUAACCAUGAAACCCUCCCAGAGUAACUGGGGCGGGAACCCUCCCAGCAACCACGGAACCCCCCAGAGCAACCACCAUGGGAACCCUCCAGAGCAACCAUGGAACCCCCACCUCCCCAGAGCACCAUGGAACCCUCCCCAGAGUAAAAUCAUGGAACCCCCAGAGUAACCAUGGAACCCUCCCCAGAGUAACCAUGGGAACCCCCAGAGCAACCAUGGAACCCUCCCCAGAGUAACCAUGGAACCCCCAGCAACCAUGGAACCCUCCCCAGCAACCAUGGAACCCUCCCAGAGGCAACCAAGGAACCCCCAGGCACCCCGCCAUGGAACCCCCAGAGUAAAAUUCACAUGGAACCCUCCCUCCCAGAGUCCAUGGAACCCUCCCUCCCAGAGUAAAUCUCAUGGAACCCUCCCCCCAGAGUAAAUCCACAUGGAACCCCCCCAGAGUAAAUCAUGGACCCCCCCAGAGGCAACCGCUGGAACCCUCCCAGAGUAAACGGGAACCCCCUCCCAGUAACCAUGGAACCCCCCCCUCCCAGAGUAACCAUGGAACCCUCCCAGAGGCAACCAUGAACCCCCAGGCAACCAUGUGGAACCCUCCCAGAGUAAAUCUCAUGGAACCCUCCCAGAGUAACCAUGGAAACCCUCCCCAGAGUAACCAUGGAACCCUCCCCAGCAACCAUGGAACCUCCCAGAGGCAACCAUGGAACCCCCUCCCAGAGUAACCAUGGAAACCUCCCCAGAGCAACCGGAACCCCAGAGCAACUGAUAUGGAACCCUCCCCAGAGUAAAUUCCAUGGAAACCCCCCAGAGCAACCAUGGAACCCUCCCAGAGGCAACCAUGGAACCCCCAGAGUAAACUAAACCCUGAGAGAGAGCAACGCGGAACCCCCAGAGGCAACCCCAUGCAACCCCCCAGAGUAACCAUGGAACCCUCCCCAGAGCAACCAUGGAACCCCCAGAGUAACCAUGGAACCGCUCAUUAUAUACACACACUACACAAACGCUCUGCGUUCAUUAUAUAUACACAUACUAUACGCACACUGCAUUCACUAUAUGCUCACUACUCAAACACUCACUGCAUUCAUUAUACACACAACACAAAUACACACUGCAUCCACUACAAACACGCAUAGCUCCCCUGUCUAAACACACUGCAUCCGCUACAUGUGGCAUGUAUAUUUUGUGCAUUUACCUUUAGAAAUAGUUUAUUUUUUUAAAAUAGUAAAUGUGCAGAAUAUCAGUAAGAUAUCGGCUAUCUGCCUGAAAGUUCGCAGAUUAUCGGUAUCUGCUCUAAAAAAUAAAUAUCAGUCGAUCCCUAAUUUUUACACUGUGCAAUAAAGGAAAUGUUAACAUAAUUUUUUUUAUUUUUUUUUAAAUGGCAUUCUCUGUUAGUAUAAACAAGUUUGCUGGCUGAGAAGUAUUAUUGUGAAAUAACCUUAUUUACAGGAAGUGUGUAGAGCGGCUGUGUUGCUGACAGCCAUUGAGCAUGUGGCUAGAGCUGCAUAAACAAAAGGAUUUAACUCUUUGAUGACAGAGAACUGAGUAGUAAGACUGUAGGAGCAAGGUUUGUAUAUCCAAAACUGCUUCAUUAAGCUGUUCUGGUGGUUAAUGUCCCUUUAACUCUCUAAAUUAGACUAUAGACAUUAAAAUGACUUGAUUGAAUUGGUGUUGAAAUUGUGUUUUCCAGACCUCCCACUGACUAUUAUUUAUUUAUAUUAUAGGGUUAACUGUUCCUUCUAUUUCAAAAUUGGAGCUUGUCGCCAUGGAGAUCGUUGUUCCCGGCUUCACAAUAAACCCACUUUCAGUCAGGUAAGUCUGCAACUUGAGCAAAAGCUGAUGUAGCAACACUUUAUGAUUGGAAAGUAUGCUAUAAGAUAUGUAGUGCUUUGGCUUAUCCUUCACGCAGUGAUGCAAAAGGCAAGGGUUUCAUUCUCAGGAUCCCUUGUGCUUGAGAGAUAAUGUAUGUAUUCGCUAUACAUUAAUGGUAAUGUAAAGUAAAGUCAAAAGGCUGCAGCGCAGCAGCCUGGCGUUGUCCCCCGCCACCCGGUUUAACCAGACCAACGGGUUGAUAUCCGUGAGCAAAGAGAAGGGCUGUCCAUAUAAAUAGGGUUGCCACUUUUUCAUGGCCCACACCAAGGCCAGGCAUUACUUCUCUGGGUAACAGCUUGUGACUGAUGUAAGCCACGGGAUGUUCUCCGCCAUCAGGCCUGACUUGGCUCAGUACUGCUGCUAAUCUAAACAUAGAAGUAUGGACAAGAAAACUUGAUUGGGGGUGGUCAAGACAGGGGCAUUUACAAGUGCUAUUUUCAAAUGUUGGAAUCCCUGUUCAAACGCGGGGUCCCAGACUACUUGACGGGGAAGGGAAGGUUAUUACGGCUAAGGGCUUUGGGCAGGGCACUAUAAUUGGGCACAAACUUCCUAUAGUACCCUGCUGUCCCCAGGAAAGCUAGCACCUGAGUCUUCGUCCUGGUUGGCCACUGGGCAACUGCCUCAGUCUUAACGGGCUCAGGCUUCCGUUGCCCGUAUCUCGGACAUGCCUAUAUGACAUUUGCCGGGCUUAAAGGGAAACUCCAGUGCCAGGAAAACAAUCAGUUUCCCUCUCCCUCCCACCCCCCAAUCCCCGGUUGCUGAAGGGGUGAAAACCCCUUCAGUAACUUACCUGAGGCAGCGACGAUGUUCCACGUCGCUGCUUCUCCCUUCGCGCCGCUCCUCCUUCUGACUGCGUUGGCCGGUGGGCAAGACUGAUCCCGCACACUGGCUGGGGAGACCGAAUGCGCGGCAAUGCUGCACAUGUGCAUUAGCGCUCCCCAUAGGAAAGCAUUGAAAAUGCAUUUCGAUGCUUUCCUAUGGGGAAAUGAGCGACGCUGGAGGUCCUCACACAGCAGAAGUGUCGUUAACCCUGCAAGGUAAUUAUUGCAGUUUAUAAAAAAAAAAACUGCAAUAAUUACACUUGCAGGGUUAAGAGUAGUGGGAGUUGGCACCCAGACCACUCCAAUGGGCAGAUGUGGUCUGGGUGCCUGGAGUGUCCCUUUAAGAGUUAAGCCCUCUUCCCUGAUCUUGGACCGCUCCUAUAUGGGCCAAGUGCUCCUGCUAGGCAUCGCUAAAGAUGGCGAUAUCAUAUGUACAGGCCUAGUCAUGGAACCCAUCCAGGAGCCGGUGCACCAUCCUCUGGAAGGUAGCCGGAGCGUUUUUCAUCCCAAACAGCAUGACCUUAAAUUGGUACAGGCCGAAUGGGGUGACAAAGGCUGGCUUCGGGGGCUAGGGGGUUCUGCCAAUACCCCUUACAAGGAUCAAUGGUAGUGAGGUAUUGGCCCCUAGCCAUCCGGUCUAAGAGCUCAUCUAUCAUAGGCAUCUGAUAUAGUCUUGUCAUUUAACCCAGGUAAUCCACGCUGAAACGGGUCGUACCAUCCCGUUUCGGUACGAGGACUACUGGGGAGGCCCAGGGGCUGUCAGUGCUCAAUAACCCCCAGUUGGAGCAUCUCUUGGAUCUCCUUUCACAUACUUUCCCGUACUGAUUCUGCGAUUCGGUGUGGUGGUUGACGCAACAUUAGUUGACCUGGUGUCUCUACCCUGUGAGGAGCUAAAGGAGUGUACCCAGGUACGUUGGAGAAGGUGGCUUUCUUCUCCUCGAAUUGCUGCUGUAUCUCGAUCCACUCCUGUGGUUUCAAGUGGUCUCCCAAUUUGACCUCCUCUAUCUCACUUGAUUGACUCGUCCCCUAGGAGGUCGGGCAGGGGAAGGUUGUCGAAGUCGGCAGGGGCACAGAACGCUGCCUCCUCCUCUGCUCGCACAUGGUAGGGCUUCAGCAUGUUCACGUGGAGCAUGCGUCGCCCUUCUGCUCCAGAGCAAGAGCCGAUCACAUAAGUGGUGUCGCACAUUUGCUUCACCACUUUGUUUGGACCCUGCCAGGCAGCCUGUAGCUUGUCAUGCUGGACAAGUUUUAAAAUUUAAGACUUUCUGCCCUACCUGAAAGCUAUGGUCCCUGGCUCCUUGAUCGUACAAAGUGCGCUGGCGACUCUGCGCCGCCUGGAGGUACUCUCGAACGGACCGAGUCAACUCCUCCAGACGGUCAGGGAAAUCCGGAACUAAUGGAACAGUGGGUGUCCCAUCAUGGCUUAUCUCCUCCAAGUGCUCCCGGAUAAGAUUUAAGGGCCCCAUUACCUGCCUCCCAAAGAGUAACUCAAACGGGGAGAACUCAGUGGACUCCUACGGCACCUCCCGGUAAGCAAACAGGAGGUGCGGCAUGAAUCUCUGUCUCAGCGAGGUGUCUGCGAACGCCCAGAACAUUUGUUUUAAUGUCCCAUUAAACCGUUCAUAGACAUCGUUGGUCUGGGGGUGGUAAGGGGAGCACACAAUCUGCGUAAUUCCGCAGAGCCUCUAGAGAUGGUGUGUGACCUCUGUGGUGAACUGGGUGCCCCGAUCCGACACUAUCUCCCGGGCAAAUCCAAUGCAUGAGAAAAUUCGCAUCAGGGCCUCCGCUACCAUUUCCACAUGGAUAUUGGUCAGCGCCACUGUGUAGUCCACCACCGUCAAGAUGUAUUUCUUGCUGAAGAGGCAAGGCUUAGCUAAGGGUCCCACCAGGUCUACCGCUAUUCGGCUAAAUGGUUCCACAAUUACUGGGAGAGGAUGGAGCUUUACCUUGUGGCGGUCUCCCCUCUUACCUACUCUCUGGCAAGUAUCGCAUGUCUGGCAAUACCGCCUAAUAUCCUGGCUAAUUACGGGCCAAAAUAAAUUUUGGGUAAGCAGAUAUCUGGUCUGACUGACCCCUAAAUGCCCGGAUAGUGGGAUGUUGUGCGCUAUCCUGCCGUUACCUCUGGGUUACCACUAACUGCCUAGUGGGGAUCGGUUCCGACCCGGCAACUACCAUCUCAGACUCCCUGUACAGCAGUCCCUUAUCCCACACAUACCUCUCUCCCUCUAACCCCACCUGACUAGAGGUGACCCAAUACCUGUAACAUGGGGUUUGUGGUCACCUCUUUCCCAAACUCAGUAGGAUCAUCCCAGGGCAAACACUCUAGGGGUGGGGAUGGGUCUCUUACCUGAGCCUCCGGGUGUGAGCUCUGGUCUCGGGUGCGGGCCUGUUGACUGGUGACUACCAGGUACAAUUCCUCCGGUGAUGCCUGGUGCUCAAAAGCUGACGUGAGCCUCUCCUGGUCAUUCCCCAACAGUACUUCAGCCGGCAGCCUUGGCAUCAACCCCACCUCCACCACUCCAGGCCCCGCUCCCCAAUUCAAAUAUACCCGUGCAGUAGGCAGCCGGUAUAAUGCUACCCGUACUACCACCGUAUUCUUGGUCUCUGCAGCGCCAGGCACCAAGUGCCUUUUUACCAGGGUAAGAGUGGCUCCCGUGUCACUGAGCCCUUGGACCUCCUUCCCUUGCAGGAUUACGGUCUGCCGAAGAUGUUGCCGGUUAUCUGCGUCGGCCUGUAGUGGAUCCGCUUCGUGUAGGAUUUCCCAGUGCUCUAUGUAUGGUGCAGGGUCGGCAUACUGGGUGGGAGGCUCUGCCUGGAAGUAGUGCGCUGCUGCUCUGCAGAUGGUAGUAGUGCGCUGGUAGUAGUGCGCUGCUGCUCUGCUCUGCAGAUGUGGCACUGGAGGUGGCUUUGAUGGAAUUGGGGCAUUGCAUUGCCUUGGUGGCACUACUGGACCAGGUGGUGCUGCUGCAGAUCUGAAGAAGGGUUUGGGUUGGAUUGGUCUCUGCUGUCGCUGGGCAUCCAAAUAUUUGUCAGCUCGCUUUGCGGCUUCUAUGAUUGUAGUGGGGUUAUGGUCUCUCACCCACUCCUAUAUGUCUGGAGCUAACCCAUUAAAAAAUUGCUCAAGUAGCAUAAACUGUAACAAGUCCUCCAUGGUGCUUGCUUUGUGUGCUUUCACCCACCCCAAAGCGGCCCGGUGUAGCAUGGGAAUCUGUAUCAUCCUCUGGCAUGAUAGCAUACCUGGCGAGUAUUACUGCUUUUACCUGAACAUCGUGGACGGUGCGGUAAGCCUCUGCCGCCCUCCCUGACAGUGUACUUGCCAAUAGGGGAACCCAAUCAUCCGCAUUAAUUUUAUGUAGGGCACAUUGUCUCUCAAAAUCCUGGAGGAAGGCAUCAAAAACUUCCUUCACCUCUACAAAGUUUUUAAAAGCGCUGUACAGUAUUUUAGGCUUCCCCUCUGUCACUGCUUGGAUUCUUUCAGGGGUUUGUUGAUCUCUUUCCCUUAGUAUAAACUCCUGGACUUCCGACAUGGUUCGGGCAAUGAUGUCUGUGGAUGGGUUUUCGCCAUAAAAAGACAGCAAAAUUGUAAUUCUCUUUCGAAUGCCGUUGGUUUCCGUUCGUGAUCUGAACCGCCAUCUGUUCCAUAUUCCGUCAUAAUUUCGACAGUGAGGGUAGUUUCUUGCUGCUCGCUGAUAUCCCUCUUACUUCUAGGAGAUCCAUUUUGGCGUGGACCUUUCAGGACGGAGUAGUCAGUCUCCAUCCACGGUCCAUCUGGUGCGACUUAAUCCAUUGGUUCCUCUGUGAGUUCUGGAUCCCAACACUGCCAACCAAUGUCGCGAAGCCCUAGUCUUAGCAGGGACUUUCCUCCGCUGGGUACUUCAAAAUAUACUCCAGAACAAGUAAAACACUCCAAUGGAACAGGCACAGUAAAAUGCUUUUAUGCCAUCUCCCAUGCAAGGGGUCUCACAGGCAGAAAAUGCAAGGGUUGCAAUCUCAGGAUACCUUGUGCUUGAGAGAUAAUUGCUUGAGUCAACUCCUCCAAUUUAACUAUCUCUCAAGUACAAAAAAUCCUAAAAAUAUCCCAUACCCCAAAAGUCCCCCAACCAUACAUAGGAACCCCAUAACAAGUACAUUUCCCUAAUGGCCCCGAUCUGAAUGACCAACAUAUCCAAGAAUCACUCAGAUCGGUUCGGUAGAACAGGAACGGCAUCGUGUGGAAGAUUUGACCGUCCAGACACGAGGUGGUAGCCAAAAAUAGUUCCAGGAGAACAGGUGCGCUGGCCAGUCUCUGUUUGGGAGGUUCCUGUUCGAAAACUAUACAAGGGAAUUUCUUGCUUUCAUGAUACGAAUGCUACUUUUAUAUCUCCCGAAUGCCAUUCGUGUAUGUGGUCAGGAACGAGCAGCGGUAGACAGUUUACCGGUGUUCGCACGAGUACAAAAUUAGUUCUAGGCACUCGACGACCAAGUACCGCUGCCCUCGUUCAGCAGACAAGAUGGCCGCCAUUCUCCCAUCCACGUGUUUGGUUAUACGAAAUGGCCACCCAGGAGAAGCACUCAUUAAUGGUUUCCCUUGCGGUUUCGCACUUAAAUGGUCGGUGUUCUAGUUCUAAUGGGGUACAGGGGUGGUCCUCGUUCGGGAGAUGAAUGGAUUCCGUUCGUAUGAAGUCUCCCGAACUGCUAAAGAAGAAGCACACGAAAUAACCGGGGUUAAAUACACUAAAUAACAGGGGGUAGAUACGGACAGCCAAUAUAUGGGAUAAAAGUAGCUUGCAAAUGUCCAUUCCGCUACACUUGUCAACAUAAAACGCAAAAUGAAACACAUGAUUGUGCAGUUUAUUUUAUACAUGUGUAUUUGAUUUGGGCUUAUUUUUUUUUUUUUUUAAACUAAUAGAAAUAGCUUUUCUGUGAAGUUGCUUUAAAUGUGUAGUUAAUUCUUUGGUUCAUGCUGUAAUCAAUGCUCAUGCAGAAGGAGGCUUUCAGUGACAUCCGUGAACAUCUCAGCUAGUUAUUGGCCCCCUAAAAGAUCUUUAAACUAUCCACUGUCAAUCUGAUUUCAUUUUUUUACUUUAUACUUCCAGACAAUUGUGCUGCUGAAUCUAUACCGCAACCCUCAGAACACAGCACAGAGUGCAGAUGGAUCUCACUGUGAGUAUUUAAGUGGCAGAUGUGCUUAAUGUUCUUUCCUAAUAACUUUUACAAGCUGAAAUCUUCUUUGGGGCUCAACAGGCAGCGCAUUUAUUUCACACAUUUUUAAACGUUUGUCUCACUCAGAGAACUGUCAAUGACACUAUAGUCACCUAAACACCUUUAGCUUAAUGAAGCAGUUAUAGUGUUAAGAUCAUGCCCCUGCAGUCUCACUGCUCAAUUCACUCCCAUUUAGGAGUUAAAUAACUUUUGUUUCUGUUUAUGCAGUUCUAGCCACACCUCCCCUGGCAGUGACUGACACAGCCUGCAUUAAAACACUGGUUUCACUUUCAAUCAGAUGUAAUUUAUCUUAAACAAUUUUACCCCUAUCUCUGUAAAUUGAGCUUUAGUCACAUACAGGAAACUCUUGCAGGGUCUAGCAAACUAAUUUUGAUUUUCUUAUCCCCUGCUAUGUUAAUAAACAGAACUUGCAAUAAAGGAAGAAUAAUCAUUAGAUGACUCUUUGCAGGAAGUGUUUAGGAAGGCUGUGCAAGUCACAUGCAGGGAGGUGUGACUAGGAUUCAUAAACAAAGGGAUUUAACUCCUAAAUGGCAGAGAAUUGAGCAGUGAGGCUGCAGGGGCAUGUUCUAUACAACAAAACUGAUUCAUUAAACUAAAGUUGUUUUGGUGACUAUAGUGUCCCUUUAGCAAAAAAAAAAAAAAAAUCUUUUAAACAGACCUCAUGUUAGAAAAUUGAAAGUUUACCAUUUGGUAAAACUGUUUCAUAAACAAUAUUUUCCAGUCUGAGGAUUUCUUCCAGUUAGAUUUUCAUAUAUAAAUGAAUCUAAAAUGUUGACUCUUUUACAUGGCUUGUAACACCUUCAAUACUUGAGUAUGAAUGUUUGUUUAUUUUGCAGAAUAAAAUCUAGUCCAUAAAGUCUCACUUACCCUCAUGUUUACUCUUGGUUAGCUUAAUAUCCUGCAGAUGAACUAAUUUAUCUGCCUGAAGUCACUAGUUACUGAUAUGAGUGUAAAGUUACUGAAAAUGUCAGCCCCACCCCCUGCUUUCAGACAGUACAGGAAGUUUCACUGGGUGUUAGUAUUUUUACAAGAGGGCAGUAGAUUGAAUCUACCAUCUCACUGUCAGCAUUACUUUAGCAAUCCAGAUACUAAUAAAAUUGGCAUUACAUAUUUAAAUACCUUUAUUUUUGAAAUAUGAUUAAAUGUAUUCACUGUAUGUGGGCAUUGUGCUCAAUGCAGACAUUUGUUUUUACAUUGUUGCAAAAUUUAGUAAACUGCACUAUUAGUAAGGCCUUCAGAGUCCUUACAAAUGUCUAUAAGCAAGGGUUUUGAUCAUUUUCAUUUAUAUAUUUUUGUCACUCCUACUGUAUGUGAGAAAAAUAGGCUUUUUGCUUUUAUAUUAACAUUUCAGAUGCUGUGUGAAAUAUUGCAGAAUAAAUGGACACUAAAUACUGUAACAUCAUUUCAUUCCCAAAUAUUGUUAUAGUAGCUAACCAAAAGUAAAAAAUUCAAUUUCUGUAAAUGUACCUUUUUUUUUUUCUUUUUUUUUUGUCUGCAAAGCAAUAUAUACACAAAAUUUACGGGCAGUUGAGACUAAUCUUUACCUUUCCGUUUGUUACCUGGUUUGAAGGUGGUAGUUAAUUUUAAGGCUUUCUGAAUUCUCUGUGUAUCUGGGCACUGUGUGAUCCUGUUCAUGCAUUUUGGCACCCUAUGUAGAUAUCUUUGGGCAGGUUAAGAAAAGUUCCUUGUCUUUACAUCCCUCCGUUACAGGCCAUGUGAGCGACGUUGAAGUGCAGGAGCAUUAUGAUGACUUCUUUGAGGUAAGUAGUCGCAUGUCUUUCGGUCCUACUUAGUGUUGUAUUGCUUCACCACUUACUAUAUCAAACUCAUUCCUGCAGGAAGUUUUCACAGAAAUGGAACAAAAGUAUGGUGAGGUUGAAGAGAUGAAUAUCUGCGACAAUCUUGGCGAUCACCUUGUGGGGAAUGUGUAUGUUAAGGUAAGCUGAUAACUUUUACAGUGUUUGUUAUGGUGAGGAUGGCAGGGUAUCUACGACCACUGUGCAUAUACGUUGCCGUCAUGAUACAUUUGGGAAUUUUACAGUAGAAUUGGUGUUUGAUGAAAAUUCAAACAAAAAAAGUUUUAUUUAUUUUAAUAGUUUUUUUUUUUUUUUUUUUUUUAAUCGAAUUUUCCAUUUUCCCUACAGUGACUGCUCCUCCUUAAUGGAGAAUUGUCACUUCUCUAGAAAUUACUCCAUUGAAUAAAAACAUUGAUAGAGCCUCAUUAACCUUUUUUGUGAAAUAUAUAUAAUUAUUGCUCUGUCCAAGCACAGACAUGGCACACACAAUAAGAAAGAAGAAAAAUAGAAAUUUCUCCUGAUUGAUUUUAUGCUCUCUCUACCAACAGAGGUUUGGGUUUCUACAUUUAAAGGGGCACUCCACUGUCCAAAUAAAUUACUUUUUAGUAGAUGUAACCCCAAUUAAAACAUACACCAUGUUACAAAGUUCAUUUAUGAAAGUGCCAAUUUCCGUUGCAAAAUAAAUUAUAGGGCACACUUUUCACAUACAGAAUUUAAGAAAGCUAAACUGCUUUAGCAGUCUGGAAUGCUCCUUUAAAGGACCACUCUAGGCACCCAGACCACUUCAGCUUAAUGAAGUGGUCUGGGUGCCUGGUCCUUCUAGGGUUAACCCAUUUUUUCAUAAACAUAGCAGUUUCAGAGAAACUGCUAUGUUUAUGAAUUGGUUAAGCCUUCCCCUAUUUCCUCUAGCGGCUGUCUCACUGACAGCCGCUAGAGGCGCUUGCGUGCUUCUCACUGUUAUUUUCACAGUGAGAGCACGCCAGCGUCCAUAGGAAAGCAUUAUGAAUGCUUUCCUAUGUGGCCAGCUGAAUGCGCACGCAGCUCUUGCCGCGCACAUUCAGCCGACGGGGAGGAGAAGAGGAAGAUCGUCUGGGACAAAAUGGCGCAAACAUAUUAUGCACUGAGGUUAUUGCUUAAAGAAACAGUUAUGAAAAGCAAUAUGUAAAAACUUGUAAUAUUUGCAUUUGCCCAUAACAAGGAGAGCUCCCCGCCCAGCGCUGGAAAAAGGAAAGUUUUUACCCCUUUCCCCCUUCCAGAGCCUGGCGGGAGGGGGACCCUGAGGGUGGGGGCACCCUCAGGGCACUAUAGUGGUCCUUUAAUUUUAGAUUUCCGAUAAGGAAACCUUUUGUUAAAUAUUGGGAAGUGGCCUUUACACUUAAAGGGGUUUAUUUACUAAACAUGUUGUAGUUGACUAAAAACCAAAUUGGCAUUUAGGUUAAAAUAGCCAAACUACAACCAUACAUAAUUAGCACUGUGUGGAUAAUUUCCCAAAUCAUUUUACAAAGCCGAAUGGUCAGUGGGAGAAAUUCUGUCAUUUCAAGUGUGAAAAUGUUUCCUUGGUAUUACAUACUGUGCCGUGUAAAUAAAUAGAAUAUCCAGUGAAUUUCAGACUUUCAGCCAGACUGUCUGAAUUGGAAGAAUUCUUUAAUUCAGCUAUGCUUCCAGUUUGCUAUAUUUUGGUCAAAAAUUUUAAAUUAAUUUUGAAGAAAGCUCCUAUUGUCAUGCUCAAGAUUACUAAACGUUUGUUUUAUAUCGGAAUCGGUUUGAGUCUGUCCUACAUUUGUUUAUGGGAUACCUAGGUAAGUAUAGAGAGAGUGCAGGCAAAACUUUUCAAAUUUGGUACUUUUUUUAAAUUUAUUUAUUUAUUUUUUUGUGUUAUGGGGUGAGUGCAAUUUUAAUUUCACCUCCGUUCCAGGUUGAAGAUCUCUGGUGGUGGAUAAAUAUCAGUCGUCUUUGGCAGCAUUCUGAUAUUGAUAUCCCACUGGUUACAGAGCUUGGGCUAGUAGAAAUGCUGUUUGCCUCAGAAAAAACAAGCAGUCUGCUGACAUUAACAGAAGUGGUAGCCUGAUCCAAUCACAGUGCUUCCCCAUAGGAUUGGCUGAGACUGACAAAGAGGCAGAUCAGGGGCAGAGCCAGCAUGAUUCAAACACAGCCCUGGCCAAUCAGCAUCUCCUCAUGGAGAUGAAUUGAAUCAAUGAAUCUCUAUGAGGAAAGUUCAGUGUCUGCAUGCAGAGGGAGGAGACACUGAAUGUUUGAUGCAUUUUAGGCAGCCAUGACCCAGGAAGGAUCUCUAACAGCCAUCUGAGGAGUGGCCAGUGAAGUUAUCACUAGGCUGUAAUGUAAACACUGCAUUUUCUCUGAAAAGACACUGUUUACAGCAAAAAGCCUGAAGGGAAUGAUUCUACUCACCAGAACAAAUUCAAUAAGCUGUAGUUGUUCUGGUGACUAUAGUGUCCCUUUAAAUUCGGAGUUCAAGAAUGUGCAAAAUUUGUGUGUCUACCUUGUGAUAUGUGCUAGGAUGAUUCAAAUCAGUGAGAUUGAGGUUUCUGUGGACAUCUGUACAAGCAGAAUUUGUUGUGCAUUAUGACACAAAGAUGGUCACCUUGGUUAAACCAAGAAAACAAACUGGGGGCUUUCCAAUACAAAUACAGAGAUAACCACUCACAAAAAUUACUAUUAAUGCUGGACCACUUGAGAUAACAAUCUUUAUGAAUUUGGAAUAAAUGUUUCUGUAGAAACGGGAAAUACUUUAGUACCACAGACUUUUUACAUUUCUUAUAACAAUGGGUUCCUUAAUUCUACUGAACAUUCAAAGGUAAAAAUCUCUGGGUCGUUUUUUUUUUUUUUUUUUUUUCUGCCCAAUUGCUGUCUGUGUUUUAGAUAUAAUUUCACUCUGUCAUAUGAGGGUUUGUGUUUCUGUAAGAUAAUGUUUGUCCCAUCUAAUUUAAUGGCAGGUUGUAUUCACUGCCAUUAAAAUCAGAGCUUCGCUCCUCAGCAAUAUUGCAUAUCAGUCUUCCCCUACGAUCAGCAUAUCUAUCUCCUCUAGUGUUUUCAUCUUCCUCCUCCUCUUCAGCGUUAUCUGUUACUGUGUGUCUAUGUGCUGUGCAAAAGUCACCGUUUUCCCAGAAGAAACUGAACUCUGAGCCCUCCAGCUCCCGCAUAUCAUCCAUUUCUUUAGCGCUGCAGCGUGGUAGUUGGACCUCGAAGGUCUUAUGGAAUCGUUUGUAAUCCACACGGAAAGCUCCUUUUUCAAGUGUCAUGCAGGGCUCAAAGCGGUGGCCCCAGAUGAUUUCUGUCUCCAGGUAGGAGCUUUUGGCUUGGCAAGUCAUUCCUAUUGAGGGAAAGUGUCUAGUUAAAUCUCUGAUUUGGCAAAAGCUAUAUAUACUCUUGGUGUAUGGCGUUCUGGACAUCUAUAAAGAAUGUCUACAAUAUAAAAGGGUUACUCCAAUCAUCAUAACCACUACAGCCUACUCGUAGGAGUACCCUGUUUCCUGGUAAUUGGACAACCUGGCUUCUGCAACACUGGAUGCUGAUUCUACCAGCCAUUCAUUGGCGGAGUGUCCGCUAACUGCUCUUAGCCAAUGGUUGCAAUUCUCUGCAAAAAAAAUAUGCACAGAACUGACAUUAGUUGGUCCUGAGCUUUUGUUACAGGCUGUCUGUUGACGCCCCAGUGACAAUGCUGGAGGGGAAGUUACACAUACAGACUCCAGGUACCAUGUCUACUUCAACUCACUGAAGUGGCCAUGGUGCUUGAAAUAACCCUUUAAAAUUUAGAACUUUGGCAGAGGAGAAAAAUCACUGAAUUACCUAAACCCUAUUAGAAGCAGUACUAUCUAGUUAUUGGUGUUAACAGUUGGCCUAAUAUCUUUUUGUAUCAAGCACAAACAGCCCAGGUCUUUCCAGAGUUACUUGCCUGUUGCUUCAACAAUGCCCUCCAAGAUGACAAUAAUCUCAAACUGCUCUCGGAUUAGCUGCUCCGGACCCAUUUCCCAGAAGGGACUGUUCUCGUCAAUCACGUGGCAGAUCACUUGUGGCUCUACCAAGAACAAACGAUCUUCCCCAGUUUCAUAGCCAAGAUUUAUCUCAGAUUGUUCAAGUGGGAGGAAUUCUCCUUCAUAUGUUUGUCUUGACUUGAUGAGCUUGGCCCUGAUUUUAGCAUCCACCAUAUGGCUGUCUCGCAAAUCACCUAUACGAAACAUUAGACAAAGCCUCUCGUCUCGAGGGCACACUACACAGUUCUGGCUAAAAAUUAAUGUCUGUGCCCGUUUCUUGGGUCUAGAAAUCUUCACAAACAUGCAUCCCACCAUAAGGGCAUCAAUCAUGGAACCUACGAUGGACUGGGUCAUUAUGAGGUAGACCCCUUCUUGACAGUUGGCAGUCACCAUGCGGGAACCGUAGCCAAUGGUACGUUGGGUCUCCACAGAGAAGAGAAGAGCUGAAAUGAAACUGUCCACAUUCUGGAAGCAAGGAUACCAGUCAUCAUUUCCCACAUUGUCCAGGUCUGUGCGCCAAAAAGCAUCCAAAUAGUAGAUGGCAGCAAACAGAAGCCAUGUAAGAAUGUAGCACAUCAUGAAGACGAAGAGAAACCAGCGAUACUUAAGGUCAACAAUAGUGGUGAAAAUGUCUGAAAGGAACCGUCCCUUCUCCUCAAUGCGGCCCAGGUUUACCUGGCACUUCCCAUCCUUGGUGACAUACCUUUGACGCUCUCGCUGUGUGGAAGCCUUUCCUUGAUGGUGCUCUGCCUCCAUGAGUUUGCAACGUUGCUUAAUUUGCCGUUCAGGUCCUGUAGCUGGAGCAGAAAAGAUUCCACGAGGUGGCAUGUUGAGGUAUCGAGGUCCAUGAGUGAUGUCUGGUACGCUUACGGCAUGUCGGGGAUACCAGCGACCAUUCCCAACUCCCCCAUCUCUCAAAGAACAGCGUCUAUACUUGGGGAGGUCAGAUGAGAUACACACACUUGGCCGUGCACGAUUUGGAAUAGGGUAACUAAUGUCAUUAGUGCUCAUGUUACGCUUAUAAGUGCUUGGGGGCAUUAUGUCUGGGAGUGGAAGUGGAGGAUGAGUGGGCGGUGGCAGAGGACGUACAGCCUGGUUGGGCUCUGCUGUACAUGUUGGUACGAUCACACAUUCUGGCUGAAGGACAGAAGGAACAAUGUUACAAUUUUAUCAAAGCACAUUGAAAAGGUUUCUGUGGCUCAGGUUUAGAUUUCUAACUCCUUACCUUCUGUGGAAAGCUGUGGUAGCGGCUUGUGUCGGUGGGUGGCCGUGGUAAAUAAGCAAGGACCUGCCUGGGUUUGCUGGCUUGGCUGAUGAUAGCACAGCGUCCAUUUAGUUCGAAGUUACUCCCCUUGUCUGUUGCAGGUCCCUCUCCGUGCAGGGUCACUCCUGGCAUGCUGAUGCUGACUGCUGACUCUACAAGCGGGGGAGUGUGAACACCACGCCGGUAUUCUGUGCGUGUCAUUAAGGUCCUGUAAAAGAUUUAUCAAUGUGGUACCUUCCGGGCUACAUAAAGGGAAAGAAUGACAAAUCCCUUAAAACACCAAUCCUUAAUGGCUAGAUGUAAUGUAGUGGCAGUACAGUACAUGUCUUGUGCUUAUGGUGUAAAACCCUUUAAAAGCCCUAUACUGUAACGAUAAUUAGCAGUUACUUUAGUGUUUGUGUAUGCUUCACUGUCCCACAGAGUCCCUCUGGGCAGCCAGAAGCUAUGGUUCAGCUAGCACCCUGAGUGCACCCUAUAUCCCAUUCUCCCAUUCACACAACUGCUGUCACUAAUCGGUCAGUGGCCAGGGAGCUGUGCUCCCCUGUAUAGCUCACUACAGCAGCCACAUGCCACCAGACUCAAAGGAUGAGACUUCCCACAGCAAGCAAACCACUUGGUAAUACGUAGAAAUAAGCAGGGAAUGAAAAGGUGCAUGCUGUCAAUUGGUGAUUGGGUAUGAAGCUGGUAAUUAACAUGGGAAGACCCACGCUGAUAUGCCCCGAAUUCAUACUACACCCACGCUGAUACGCCCCGAAUUCAUACUACACCCACACAUAGAAGCUCAUUUGAGCAGGGCCUUCUUUACCUCUGGUUAGAAUUGGUAUGUAAAUUACCUGUAAAUGUAAAUAUCCCCAUUUCUGAUUGUAUAGCAGUUGAAUGUGACUGUUCCGACACUAUAUAAAUGAUGUUGCUAAUAAUAUAUAGUGAAGUCAUGUUUUUGUGAAAUAAACUAAUACUGUCAUGAUUUACAUGAGUUAAUCUUUACAGGGAUUAAUAAUAAAUGCUUGCUCCUAUUUUCAGAAUAUUUGUUUUCAUCCCACUCACUCUUUGCUUGUAUGCUUAACCAAUAUAUAGUAAAACCUCAUUACACUAUUGUCCUGUCACACUUGUUGUUUUUUCUAUAUUUUCCCUUUUGUGUUACCUGCAUAGAGCUUUUAGAAGUUUACAUGUUCUGCUACUCGUUGCAUGACCGUUUGGUCACAGUUAUUUAACGUGUGUGUCUGUUCUCCAGACCUGUGAUACACUGAUUUUGUAUGUCUGUGGGCUUGGGUUAAAUUUUGGGUUCCACAUACCUGUUUCUGUGCUUCGUGGAUCCUCUGUCUAGUUGUGUCCCAGAUCUCUGUGUCAAAUCCUAAUUACGUUAAAUCAGAUUAAGUGCAGCUAUAUUAAGCUGUUGUCAGGAUGCCUGUGACGUGACUUUGUCCUCAGCCACUCCAGGUAUCUCCUCACUUUCAGCUUUUCUGUCCAAUCCUCUGAUCACCUCCUCCCGGCUGGUUUGUUUACAUUGCGGCUUCCAAAUCCCGUUAUCCCAGUGUUUGCUGUGUGGUGGUGUUCUUAGAAUUUAGGUUAUUUCUAUGUUUCCCUGCAGUUCCGGAGAGAGGAGGAUGCAGAACGUGCCCUUGUGGAGCUAAACAAUCGCUGGUUCAAUGGACAGGCCAUUCACGCAGAGCUGUCACCAGUCACAGAUUUCAGGGAGUCAUGCUGUCGGCAGUAUGAAAUGGGGUGAGUCCUUUAAUCUCCAGCCUUCCCUCCUCCCCCCCUCCCCCACAUUUCACUGACCAUGUACUCUGCCUAUUAUCCUAUGCUACAUUUUUUUUUACUUGUUUAAGUCUUGUGUUUAUACAUCUGUCAUGUGGCCGCAUGGUCUGUAUGUACUCCUGCAUUGUGUCUUGUGUUCAAUAUUUAUCCAAAUCACACCUUUCUGGGAACUGUUUGUUUGUCUUUCAGGGAGUGCACCCGAGGCGGGUUCUGUAACUUCAUGCAUUUGAAGCCCAUUUCCAGCGCACUCCGGCGACAGUUAUAUGGACGUGGGCGCAAUCGAGCGUAAGUUUGUGGUGUUAUAUCUGUCAGUUCUCAGAAACUCUUACUUUUUAAGUGACCCAAUCUAUAUUUUUGGCCACAUAAGAGGCUGGUGCAUCACUGCUGGGACUCAAGGACCCAAGUGCUGUCCUAUAGGGAGAACUGUUAUCUCUGUAAGACCUGAUAUCCUAAUUGCUUUUGGCUGUUUUUACCAACUUGUUUCAGCUGUUUAGACUAUUCCAAUCUUGCCUCACAAUAAUGCUGUAAUUCUGUCUAUAAAUACGCUUUAUACACUGGUCCAGAAUGAGACCGGCUGGAUGUCCAUCUGUUCAUUGUUCAGUAGUUUCUAUUCAGUGUCCUAUUAAAAAAAAUUUAUUUCGUAGAACUGGACCAAAGGCUCCAUCCCCCAAGCGGUUCUCGGAUAGACAACGGCCCAAUGAUCGAGACAGGCGUCGACGUUCAAGAUCCCCUCGACACCGAUAUGGACGUUUCUGAAACUCGUUAACACCAUUGUGACAGAGAAAUUUGGAAUUACCCAACCCAACCACGCCUAUGACUAUAAACCGUUUCACUGCUGGAGGGUUUUACGCAUUUUGGUUUUGAAGCCAUUUUAGUUCCCUCUGGUACUGAAGCAGUUAAAACUGUAGGGACCAUCCUCUGGCUGUGUCAGUUUAUCCCUCUUCUUACCAACUCUCAAAGGCAACCUUUUUAAAAAAAAAAAAAAAAAAAAAAAUUUAGUUUAAGGGAGAAUUGGAUUCAACUGACAGAAGGGCCCAGACGUCAGAGCAAUGCUGCCACAACGGUCCAAUCGUCCGUUUCUCUGUAUAAUCUACUUUAAAAAAAAUAAAAUAAACCCACGCUCCUGUUACUUGAGGAGAGGGGUGUUUUACCUGGACCUCUAGGUGCUGUACUACAAUUCCUAUAAUUCUCUGCCAGCCGUCAUCAGUUGGAGGUCCAGCUUAGACAUCCUUCUUCUUUGUGACUUUCCUGAAGAAUAAUGCGUCCGGCCCCCGUUCCUCUUACUGUUGGCAGUUGCCGUUUUGUGACCGUCACGUUUUUGCUAAAAUGAAGGCUACAGUAAUCUGCCAUCUCGAUUUUCCAGCCAGCCUCAUGAGGUACGAUAAACCUAAUACUUUGCAAUGAAACUGGCUGGGACAUCUUGAAAUGCUAAGUUUGGAUUCCAACUCCUAUCGGCGGUGACUAAUAUUUCUGAUUGUGAUGGAGAUGUGCUAAUUCAGCAGCUGGAAGGCUGCAAGUUGUCUGCCCCUGUUGUAAAGAUAUCUUCCCUAUUUUUAUAUCAUUUUGUGAACAAAACUGAACCAUCAAUUCUAAUUGUGUAGCUGCAGCUGUUACAUAUAUACAAAGAGGGGAAUCUGUGUAGCCCUCCAACAUUCUGUAUAAGUUGCCUUAAAGUCCUAUUAAUGUAUAAAGCAUUUUCAUACUCUUUGUGGAUGAUACAAUGUAUUUUUUUUUUUUUUUUUUCCUGUAAUUAAUGUAAGAGUGGUUUGGCAUGUGGCAUUAUAUGGCCCAGGACCAAUCUAUCUGUGGGCUGUAGCCUAGUACUGUCCUAGGAAGGAGGGCGCUAUGGGAAUGUAUUUUUAAAUCGUUCUGGUUGUUUCCAUCAACAUCAUAGAAUUUCUUCACAAGCUCCAGGGUCGAGUCACCAUACCCCCGCAACAGCACAAACCGUUUGGCCAAAAUUGCCUUUAACAGUCCUUAAAAAUAUUCUAGAAAUUCUUUAUUGUGUGUGUCUAUUUGCUAACAAGUGGUGUGUUUUUUUUGUUGUUUUUUUUUAUCAACUUGAAAAUCUAGACCAAAAUAGCCAAAGAGAAUUUUCCCAGCUCCUGUUUUGUUAGCUGCUGAUUGGCAAAUAAAGUGAUCCGCUAAGCUGGGUCGGUUCGCCUUUCAAGUGGCGGCAUGUUAUGGAAGCCCACAUCCUCCUGACAGUUACUGCAGAGAGCUACAGAGCUAACAUUCCUUUUACUGACAAUCCACGCUGACUGACGGUUUCUGAUUGGCUGUUCUGUAGGGUAGAGAGCAGUUAGUAACACAGUCACUGCUAUUAACUAAACAAUGAAUUUUUACAAAAUGAACCCUCCAAGCAUCAUAACAAUUACAGAACCGCUUUGCAAGAGGUCAGACCAUCCUUUAACCCCUUAAGGACCAAACUUCUGGAAUAAAAGGAAAUCAUGACAUGUCACACAUCAUGUGUCCUUAAGUGGUUAUAGGGUUGAAGCGUUACGCAUCAGGGCACUCCUUGCACUAUAACCACUACAGCACAUAGUGUUCCUUUAAAUCUGAAUGGCACAACUAGGCAGUCUGUGGCUGAUUGGGAUGAUAUUUUCCCAGACCAGCUAUUUUUCUCUGUUUCCUUUCAGGUUUAAUUUGCCAAAUUUGGAGAUGAAUAAUCUUGAAUGUGCCGACGUCCCUAGAACUCUGUAGCUUGAGUAAUCUGGCUUUCUGGAGUAAAACCCUUUUUGAUACUUAUUAAUGACACAUUGACAAUGGAUCUUUUACCUCAGUCAUUCCAUCAUCACUGCUGCCACCUGCUGGUAGCAAAAUUAUUCAGGCCAUCACCAUUCAUAUAUUGUAUGGCUGCAUGUGUCAUGGUGCAGUUUAGUUUGUGUAAAAAAUUAAAGGAAAUAUUCUGCAGCGUGGUGUCAGGUUUUUAAUGUCUCAACUUAUUUUUACGCCAUGUUACUCCAUUCAGAUUAAAGUUACUCACCCACUCACAGUAACAAUACCCCUUAGCAUCAAAACUAGAUCCCAGUUUAGCAGGGUGCAGAUUAUGGUGACUUGGUUUGCCACUUUCAAU